UAUUGUGACCCUUCUAGCUUGUUUUUUUCCUGUUUAUCUGUGCAUGGUAGAGUAUGUGUAAUGAAGGGUAGUUAGGUUAGGUUAGGUUAGGUUAGAGAAAAGGGGUAGAGAGAUGAUGUGGUGGGGAUUCUGUUGUGGAUGUUGGAUGUGAAUGUUUGUUUGCAAGAUGAUUUGGUGUUAGGUUUAGUGAUGGAAAAUAUUAUAUAGGUUAGGUUAGGUUAGAGAAAAGGUGUAGAGAGAUGAUGUGGUGGGGAUUCUGUAGUGGAUGUUGGAUGUGAAUGUUUGUUUGCAAGAUAAUUUGGUGUUAGGUUUAGUGAUGGAAAAUAUUGUAUAGGUUAGGUUAGGUUAGGUUAGAGAAAAGGUGUAGUGAGAUGAUGUGGUGGGGAUUCUGUAGUGGAUGUUGGAUGUGAAUGUUUGUUUGCAAGAUAAUUUGGUGUUAGGUUUAGUGAUGGAAAAUAUUAUAUAGGUUAGGUUAGGUUAGAGCAAAGAUGUAGAGAUGAUGUGGUGGGGAUUCUGUAGUGGAUGUUGGAUGUGAAUGUGUUUGCAAGAUAAUUUGGUGUUAGGUUUAGUGAUGGAAAAUAUUAGGUUAGGUUAACUUAGAGCAAAUGUGAAGUGGGAUGAGACAAUGCGGUAGUGAGCUGUAGUUGAUGUUGGAUAUGUGUGUUCGUAAGCAAGAUAAUUUGAUGUCAAGUUUAGUGAUGGAAAAAUUGUAGGCUAGGUUAGGUUAGAGUAAGGCUGCAGUAAGUUAACAUGAUGUGAUAAGUCGAGACUGUGAGUAGCUGCAGAGGAUGUUGGAUGAGGUGUCUAUGAUUGGAAGGGAUUUUGAUGUUAAGUGAUAAAAAAGAAAAUGGUAAGUUAGGUUAGGUUAGAGCAAGGCAGAAGUAAGUAAGGAUGGUGUAGUAGGGAUGAGUGAAGAGCCUGAGGAGCUGUAGAGGAUGCUGAAUGUAGUGUUUGUAUUCAAGGGACUUAGAUGUCAAGUUCCAUGAUGGUAAAGUUGUAGGUUAGGUUAGAUUAAGGCUGCAGUAAGUUACAAUGAUGUGCUAGUGAUGAGUCAAGACCAUGAGGGGCUGUAACUAUGGGAUAUGGGUCGUUUUUUUAAGACACUUUUGCCUCUCGCAUCAGGUAUUUCUAAAGGUCAAAUAGGGGGUCAGUCGGGUUCUAAUGAGUGUUUCUUUAGGUUCACAGUACAGAAGAAGGGUCAGACUACCACCAGGGUCAUGAAACUACCCCUGAAAAUGCCCACAGCUCCUACGAUAGCCUUGUCAAAUAGGUGUUCUUGGGCAGUGAAAUUUCUUAUAAUAUGACCCAUGAUGCAAGGGAUUUGGAUGUUAAGUUCAGUGAUGAGACGGUAGAGUUUGCAGUGUAGUGGCCCUUGAAGCUUCAAAACUCACCUGAUUGACCUCUCUAAAGCAGGAUAUCAAAGGGCACAGCAGACACACCAUCACUUACUAGAAACAUUUUACAGUUGCUAAAAAUGAGGUCUUACCUGUGUAUGUAUAGUAGCAUUUAUUCAGUUAGGAUAUUUUUUUAAAGGUGCUUUUUUUUCUUUUCUUAUUUCACAAGACUGCAUACCCUCGGAAGACUUAUACAGCACUACUUAGACUGUGCAGACCUGAGUACCAUAGGUUGAUAUAUAAUAAUAAUAAUGAUGAUAAUAAUAACUGAUAUCAAUAAUUCAUAGUUUAUUUACCAAGACGUCUUACAAUCCAAAGCGUAUAGUAAAGCAUGAUAUCUUGGUAUACAAAUUGUCAUUAAAGUUAAUUACUACAGUAUACAAAAUCUUAUUAAAAAUUUGUUUCAGCAUAAAGCAUAUAUACCUAUAAACAUACACCUUAUUAUAAUUUUAAAGCUUAUUUAUCUAAAUCAUGAUAUAUUACUGCUCAUGAAUUAUCAGUUAAAAAUGCAUUGAUAACCUUUCCUUUGACAAGUCCGAGUUAGUAAUGCAAAAGCUCAUGACUCAUCUCAGUCACACAAGACCUUAUCAUGAAGGCAAUAUAUAAUCACAAGUUUUGUUAUCAGAGUAUCAAUAUACCUCUCCACUUAAAAUUGACCUCUCCUUUGGCUACUUUGUACCAUCAUCUGUUGUGGGAGUGGCAAGUAGCGGACUUUUUUUUCUACACUCUUUUUGUUGCCCUUGAGCCGUCUCCUUUGUUGUAAAAAAAAAGUAGAGUCACACACUUCUUGCAACAGUCACCUCGCCUGGAGCCAUGACAAAAAGGUAGCAGGACUUUAUAGGCUGUUGGAAUUCUGUAGUGAUGCUGAAUUAUUCCCUGCUAACAUGCACAUAGAGUCAUCAUUACCCUCACUGCCAUCACCACCCCACCAUCAUCACCACAGUCACCAUUUCCAUCACUGCCAUCACCACCCCACCAUCAUCACCACAGUCAUCAUUUCCAUCACUGCCAUCACCACCCCACCAUCAUCACCACAGUCAUCAUUUCCAUCACUGCCAUCACCACCCCACCAUCAUCACCACAGUCACCAUUUCCAUCACUGCCAUCACCACCCCACCAUCAUCACCACAGUCACCAUUUCCAUCACUGCCAUCACCACCCCACCAUCAUCACCACAGUCACCAUUUCCAUCACUGCCAUCACCACCCCACCAUCAUCACCACAGUCAUCAUUUCCAUCACUGCCAUCACCACCCCACCAUCAUCACCACAGUCACCAUUUCCAUCACUGCCAUCACCACCCCACCAUCAUCACCACAGUCACCAUUUCCAUCACUGCCAUCACCACCCCACCAUCAUCACCACAGUCACCAUUUCCAUCACUGCCAUCACCACCCCACCAUCAUCACCACAGUCAUCAUUUCCAUCACUGCCAUCACCACCCCACCAUCAUCACCACAGUCACCAUUUCCAUCACUGCCAUCACCACCCCACCAUCAUCACCACAGUCACCAUUUCCAUCACUGCCAUCACCACCCCACCAUCAUCACCACAGUCAUCAUUUCCAUCACUGCCAUCACCACCCCACCAUCAUCACCACAGUCACCAUUUCCAUCACUGCCAUCACCACCCCACCAUCAUCACCACAGUCACCAUUUCCAUCACUGCCAUCACCACCCCACCAUCAUCACCAGUCACCAUUACCUUCACCACCACUAUCAUUGUCAUCAUCAAGUCACCUCAUUUCCAUCAUGCAAUGUGGAGAUCCCAACACACGAUGCUAUCUGACUUAAUGAGAGGGAGGUGGUAUAUAUCUAUGUGGGUUAUGCUGCAAGGGGGUCAGCAUACCAGCACAGCAUCUUGUCAGGAAGGUAAUGGAGUAAGGACAGGGAGCUUUAUCCUGUAUUCCAAGCUCUCCCCCCCCUUUUUUUUUUAAUAUUUACAACAAAGGAGACGGCUCAAGGGCAACAAAAAGAGUAUAGAAAAAAAAAGCCUGCUAUUCACCAAUCCCACCACAGACAAAAGUAAAGAGAGGUCAAUUUCGGGUGGAGAGGUGAAAGAUGUCCGUCAUUACCAUCCAAAAAACCAACAGCAGCUUCUAAGUUGUUCUUCGCCUUCGUUGAAUGCCACAUACAUUCAUUUGCUAUUUACUUUUUCUUGGUACCGUAUACUUGUUCUGUACUAUUAUUUACAGAGAAAAGUACUGUGUUGAAUGUAGCUAUUAACCCUUAGAAGUGGUUUAUAGAAAGCUUGUAGAGAACCUGCACUAAUUGACUGAUGCUGUGGGAAAUAACCUGCAGGGAAUUGCUUAGAAAUGGAAAGGUUGCAAUAUGGUAAACCCGUCCGCUGCGAUUGGAACGGAUUUGGCUUUCACGAUAGCCUGGUUACAUAUACUCCCAGGUCUUUCUGUCUCUGUGGUGGAUGUUGGAUGUUUCCCAUGUGGUAUUGGUAUGCUAGAUAUCCCCUCCCAAGGUGCAUAACUUUAAAUUUUUCUUUAUUGAACUGUAGCAGCCACUGUUUGAUCUAUUUCCAUAGCUUGGUGAGGUUUUCUUGUAGGAAAUCUGCAGUCAGUGGAUUAAAGGGCAAAAAUAACUAAGUAUACAGUAGACUCUUGAUUUCUCGGUCCCCAAUUUCCUGGAUUUUAGAUUACCUAGACAAAAACUGGAUACAGAAUUUAAAUUUGGACUGAUCUUGAGGGAAUGGCUUAGAAAGGAAACGAUUGUAAUAUAAGUCAAGGGCAGUAUUAGUUAAGUACAGUAGACUUUUGAUUUCUCAGUCCCCAAUUUCCUGGAUUUUCGAUUUCCCCGACAAAAUUCUAGAUAAUGGAUUUUUUAACAACCCAUCGUCUCCCCUUAUCUGCCUGGGAAAUUAAAGGUUCACUCCAUAGUUUAACAGCAAUAGCAUGUCAGCCAGUAUAUAGGUAGGCCACUCUGUCUGUUGUGCUUCCCUAUCUAAGAGUUUCAAUGAGGUGGAGGGGAUGUAUGGUGAGUAAUGUCUGACUCACCUGAUAAACACCCUUGCCACUUGCUUUAUCAUGAACAUUUGGAGUUGCUUAUUAGUACCAAAGGGGACCAGACCUGCAGAUAAGCCAGAUUCCCUUGAACUAAAGCAAAUAAACCCAAAUACCACAGCAAGAAGUAUUGGAAGGUAAAAAAAUGUGGGCGUUUCCUUGCAUUAUCCUAGACUUUUCCACGAGUGACUAAAAAAUCCCUAGAAAAGAAAGAAAGCCUCCAAAAAAAGGAUCAGAAUUAACGUAAAAAAAUGUGGGUCUGUCCUUUCCCAUAAGUGACAGAAAUUUCCCUGAACUUAGAAAUUCCUGUGACCUCGGAAAUUCCCUUGAACCAAAAGAAAAAAGACGAACACCACUGAAAGAAGUAUUGGAGAGUAGGUAGAAUGUGGGGUCUUUAGUUUCUAGAUGUUUCCUCGAGUGACUUAGAAACAUCCUUGAACUCAGAAAUUCCCUUGGACAAAAAAACAAAACAAAAAAAAAAAAAAAAAAAAAAAAAAAAACCUCAAAUGCCACAGGAAAAGACAUUAGAAAGUAAAAAUAAGUCAGAAGAGUGAGAAAAUGUGGGUCUUUCCUCCCAUUACUCUAGGCGUUUCUACGAGUGAGUCAGAAAUUAUGACGCAGCAAAAUCCUGUUGGCCGGCAGACACAUAAGGAAAGAUUUGCCGAUGGAAGUACUUGAAGCCAUCGCCGCCAAGCCUUUUAGGAAGCUGUUAGGGGGCUUCACUCCCCUUCUAGGCACAGGAGGGAUUGGCAGAGAUAGGAUAGGAUAAGGUGGAAUGGGAAGGGAUAGGAAUGGAAUAAAAAGGAUUGGAAAGGAAAGGAUAAGAAGGGAAGGGAAGAGUAUAGAAGGGAAGGGAAAGGAAGGGUAGGAAAGGGAAGGGAGAGGAAAGGAAAGGGAAGGGAGAGAAAAUGGAGAGGAGAAAAGGAAAGGAGGGGAAAAGAAAGAAAAGGAAUGGAAAGGAAAGGAAAAAGGUGGUGCUGUUUGUUUGAAGAAUACACACAUUAUUAUUAUUAUUAUUAUUAUUAUUAUUAUUAUUAUUAUUAUUAUUAUUAUUAUUGUUAUUAUUGUAUUUACACCUUGUUAUUUAUCAUUGUCUACACACUUAGAUUGUCAUUAUUAUCUUCUUCAGAUUAAGUUCCUCCAGGUAUGUUAUAUAUUUUAAACACAGUCAUUAGUACAUGUUCCUUUUUCUAUAACUUAUACUCAUUCUACACAUUUAGCUACUUUCUUUAACAAUUACAUAUACUCACUCUACCACUUCCAUCAUUUAUUCACUAACUGUAGGAGCAUUGAAGCCAAGAUGCACAAGUAAGCCCCAGUCCCUCACUCCAGCACUCCAAUAAUUUCUGCACUAACUGUAGGAGCAUUGAAGCCAAGAUGCACAAGUAAGCAA